AUGUUUUCUAUGCUUGUAGAGUUUUUCAAUUACUCUGAAUCAUCUCUUGCCACUCUAAAGAGUACUACUUUGAAUCCUGGGAAUGGACUCAAGGCCUGGGGUAGUGCCUCUUCGCUAGCUAGUUGCUCGAUAGCUUUCUUUGGCAUUAGGGAGUUAGGACAACCAGCUUACUGCAAGAUGGGAACGAAAAGGCCUAGAAGUAUUAAUUUAGAAAAAGCCGAAACAAUCAAUGUUGGUGUUAUAGUUAAAGAUGGAGCCAUAAGGUUGGAGAAAAAGAUAAUUAGUUUGGAAGAAAAGGUGGAUGAUAUGGUUCGUCGCAUGGCCUAUAUGGAUUCGAAGAUAGAUAGGUUGUUUGAUUUGAUUAAUUCUCUUAUAGAGGCAAAACAUUCAAAAGAGGAUCCCGAAUCUCGUGAAAAAACAGGUGCCGCCGCUAAAAAAUUUCGUCAUAAUUUUGAAUUUGAUGCCUCUCUGAGUGGAAUGGGUGGAAUGGGUAGAAAAAAAUCACCUGAGGUGCACAUAGUGUUAAGUGAUUCAUCUGAAGAAGUUUCUUCCAAACGUAUGAGUUCGAAAAAUGAUACAAAGAGUCCCUUGAAGAGUAAGGGUGUUGAAGAUGAUUUUAGUAAGGAAGAGAAGAAUGUUUUGAAGUACAUCUUCGAUGUAAACCACAGUCCCGAUGAAAAGAUCGUGGAGAUGUCAGGAGAAUUUGGAGAAAGAACACGGUUAACAGAACUACAGACUUCAAACUGGCUAAGUGCAGAAAUUUUAAAUCUAUACGCUUGUAUGCUGAGGUGGGAUAAUCGAAACGAUGCCUCUAAACUAUCAGCGGAAAAUUGGUUUAUGCCAACCUAUGUCUCGCAAUACAUUACUCGAAAGAAGACAAUUCACCUACAGACGAUUCCUUUCCUUUACUAUUAUAGGGCAUUCCAUGAAAGGAAAAAUGGUUGUGAUGCUGGUCGCAUAUAUCGUUAUUUCUUGCGUGAAGAUAAAUAUGGAGGGGAUAUUAAAAAAUGUGAAAAGAUCUUCAUUCCAAUGAACCCUGGAGAUCAUUGGUACUUGUGUGUAGUCGACAUAAUCAGACAGGAGGUUCUGAUAUUGGACUCACUUAUGCCAAAAAAUUGCAGUAAACGUAUUUCAAGUGCCAAAGUUGUGCUCAAGUAUUUCCAUGAGGCUUUAGAGAUUGGAUGUGGUACAACUUAUAGUGUCAAUAUUUCUAAAUUUCCUACGAAAAUCGCGCAAUGGGCACCACAACAAAAGAAUCUUUAUGAUUGUGGAUUAUUCACAAUAAGAUUCAUGCAACUAUAUGACGAGCUACGGGUCGGGAUGCAUUUCAGCAUUGAAAACUCACAUUUGGAGAGAAGGAAAAUUGCUAUUGAGAUAUUCUACCAUGAAGCAAAUGAAGCCAAGGAAGAGAUACUUAGAAAAAUAGCGCACUCUUCGAAAGAUAUGGAUUAUAUUUGUGUUACAAUAAUUGAACUUACCUUCAUAUUUUUUUAUGUUCCUGUAACCUAUGCAUUGCUGGCUUUUGGUGCUCAGUUUAUCUUGGAAAGGAAGACCGAGAAUAACGGUUAUAGGGCGGCGGUGGUGGCAGUGCAAGGGGUGAGUGCAGCCAUGGCCAGCGGGGCUUCGGUGCUUGUGACGAUGCCGCUCGACACGAUUAAAACGAGGCUUCAGGUUUUGGACGGAGGAGAACCGUGUGGGGGGAAAGGGAAAUCGAUGACGGUUAUGCAAACGGUGAGGGAUUUGGUGAAGGAAGGGGGUUUGAGGGCAUGUUAUAGGGGACUCUCACCCAGAUGGGCCUCGAUGUCGAUGUCAGCCACGACAAUGAUCACGACAUACGAGUUUCUCAAGCGGCUGUCGACCAAGAGUUCGGAGAGGUUCACUGCUAUCAAGUGCGUUUGUAUGAGCUUAAAGUUACCUCAGUUCAUAUGUACUGCUUGUGUUUUUUUGGCUCUGGUUUUCUCGAAUGGAUUAGGUUCACUGCUAUCAAGUGCGUUUGUAUGA